AUGCUUCCCAAUCAGCCACCCGCAGCACCCGUUCGCUCACCGCGCCUCCCUCCUCCUCCUCCUCCUCCAGGCUCCUCCGGCCUCCGCAUCGACGACAUCGAAGUGCCGUCCCUGGUGCUGCCCAGCGACACCAUCCACCUCAAGUGCAUUUUCCACCUGGAGAAGGACCACCUGUACUCGGUGACCUGGUGGCGCGGGCAGAAGCAGUUCUACCAGUACAGCCCGACGACCGGCAAGGCCAAGUACGAGGACAAAGGAAUCACAGUCGACGAGAUGAGAUCGUCCAUGGAGACGGUGGUUCUGAGGAACGUCUCCCUGGCCACUUCCGGGAUGUACAAGUGCGAGGUCGUGGCUGAGAGAACCUACGAGAAGGACUCCAAAUCUCAGGCCAUGGAGGUCGUAGACAUACCCGACCGCCUGCCCUUGUUGCAAGUGAGCAGAAGCCAGUACUCGAAGGGAGAUGAGCUCGUGGCCAACUGCACCUCCCCGGGGGCCAAACCCAAGCCGACGAUUCAGUGGUCGAUCAACGGGAAAGAGGUCCACGGCCUCUACGUCAAAGAGAUCACGGAAGGGCGCUCCGUCUUCGGCCUCUUCUCGCCCACGUCGGAGCUGCGCCUCAUCCUCCGCCAGGACCACUUCGUCAACGGCCAGGUCAAGCUGACGUGCUCCUCCACCAUCUCCCACGUCUACCAGGAGUACUCGCACGUCGCCAUCACCAUGACGGGCUUCAAGACGGUGGCGCCCUCGCAGAAGCUCUACGGGAAAGGCUUUUCACAUGUUACUUUAUCUCUCCUUUUGAGAUAUGGCAUCGUCUCUAAGGCCGUUGGUGAAGGAUGCUGUCGAUUUGGAUGA